AUGUCGAACAACCAAACGGACCGCGGGUAUUACGAUCAGGGUGGAUACUAUCCUCCUCCGCCCCCAAAUAGUAGACCGCCAGAGAACCAGGGUUAUUAUGGUGCCCCACCGGGUCAUUCCCAAAAUCAAGGACAUCAUUACCCACCAACCCCUCAACCUCAGACGAUAGUCGUUCAACAACCACCUCCUAAAAAAGAUAAUUCCGGCCUAUGUUGGGGAUGUUUUUCUGUUAAACUUAAAUUUUCUCAAGAUACACAAGAUAUAAUGUCCGAGUCUUUGCAAGAACAAUGGGCCUGCGAACGUUGUACCUACGCCAAUGAAGUAAGCUUCCCUGAGAAGUUCCCUG